AAGAUGUUAGCUAUCAUCAGUGUCGUUCAGUCGAUCCGCAGCCUCAGUACCAAUCACCUCAAUUAAUUUCAUUCUUUAGUCAUGCUUAUCAUUUUUUGUGUGUGUUGAAUGUCAAUUAUAAAUUGUACUGUUAUUUGAUUAUUUAUUGAAUUCGUUUUUGUCGAAUUAUUUGUGUUAUAAAAAGUCCUUGUAAAUUAUGAUUGGGCAAACCUAAAAUGAAGUAAUCGUUCAGAAAUUGCACUUGAGUAUAGGUGGAGAUUCAAACAUUGACAUACACCGAGGGAACCAUGCUUGCGAUGGCCAAUUAGGAACUAUUAGUAAACCUCUGGUAUUAUCACUUUCAAUUUUUUUUAAUACCUUUGGAAUCAACGCAAAGGGAGGGAAAGCGUAGAAGAAAAAUUUGUUCCAAUCUAGUGUAAAUGCAUCAAUUGCAAUUGAUCCUGGAUCUUUUUUCCAUGAAACGUAUUUACAGCAUUUGGUAUUAAUACGACUAGCAAAAAGAUCGAUUUCCGGAUAACCAAACGUUUCACAAAGUUGAGUGAAAGCUUGUAAAGAUAAGCUGUAUUCAGUUUCUGGUUCUAAUCGUCGAGAUUCAUAAUCAGCAGUUAUAUUAUCUUUAGAACUAAUGAAUGACGAAUGGUGAAAUGGAUAACUGUGGAGACGAUCAACGUCUACCCCCUGAUGGAGAUGAGUUUCCAACAGCAUAUCAUGAAUCGAGAGUAACUUUACAACAGUGUCCAGAAAUUGAAUCCCAUAAAAACAACUGUCUAAGUUCUACAGAAGUAAACACAAUUUAUAACGACAAAAAUAUCAAUAGUUGUUACACUGAAAAUAAAUUUCAGGAAUGUAUAAAUCCAAGUUUAUCAAAAAAAAAAAUGAUCUCUGAAAUAGUAAACUUUACACAAAAUAGUGUUGAAAUGAAUCUCUAUAAGUUUAGGAACCUACAUUCAAUAAUUACCGAAAAGUUAGUAAUAACUGGAUACCAACCGAAAGAAUCGAAAAUCAAGUUAGAGUCUUCAAAAAAAAACUAUACUGAUUGCUUACAUCCACUUUUAACAUUAUCAGAGCCAUUGAAAACGAAAAAAUCUAUUUCACUAAUUAAGAGCAUACCAAUUGACAAUUUUUCUAGGAAUUUUACGCCGAGUAGUGAUUCUCGACAUCAAAAUGAUAGAUCUGAGCAAUCCGUGAGAGAUAAAAUUGCAAUGUUCUCAACGAACAGUAAUGUUGAAAUGCCAUUCUUCCCAACUGAUCCAAUUUCGAGCGUUGUGACCAACUCUAACCCGCUACUCUUAAAGUACGAUUCUUCCGAGAAUUUCUUCGGUGAUGUGAAAAAUAAAGACGAAAGAAAUAAGACAACUUGCUUGGUUGAUCGGUUUUCUAAUCCAUGCAAUCUACCGAGACCUUAUAAAAAUUCAGAAAUUCCUUUAGUAACAAAAUGCGUCGAAAAAAAACCAUGUUUAAUGCUAUUUUUGCCUACUGAAAAUUCAUCACUUUACUCUAAUAGCUUUCCUUCAAAUGAUUCUAUAUUGACUUCGUCGAAAAAGAAGUUACGAGAGUUAAAUUCUACUGCAAUAAAAAAAUUUUCCAGUAUCUUGUCAAAACCAGACUUACUUGAAGAGACUAUUCCUAUGAAUAGAUCAAUGGCCACAACCAAAUUAACAUCUUUAUCUCGAGCAACUAGUUUUUCGGGAGGCAUGUCUUAUAGUUAUGAACUCUCACCUCCUAGUAACUGCCAAAUUUCAAGGACAAACUCGCUAUCGUCAACAUUUACAAGAAGUAAUAAAGAUUUGAGAAAAACAUGUUUAAAUCAGUUGAUAGAACAAAGAAAAAAAAGUAUAUCAAAACUACGCGGACUUGUUAUACCAGAAAAAGAUGUGAAUGCAAUUGACCAGCCUAUUAUUGAUUUGCCAGAAAUCAAAUCCAGGAACUCUAUUCAUAUUCAACAGUUCCCGAAAAUACAUACUCAUGGUGAGUGGGAUUCACAAAACUCGUUGGCAAGUAAUGUCAGCACUCAAAGCGCCCCCUUCAAAACGGCUUCAUUCAAGAUACCAAUACCUCUGGUACUCCCUAAAUACUCGCCAGCAUUCAAGCGAAAGAGCUCGAUAGUUUGUGGCUCAUCAAAUGAUUCCGUAUCGAUUGCUAUCGCCACUACAACUCAACAAAAUAAUUCGGUAUUAACGGGUACACAAAUUGAAGGACCGAACAGUCUUGAGAGUAUCUGCAGUCCAACUCGUAGUGAUUACAGUUUUAAAUUCACUUCAAAUGUAACAUCUGAAAAUGAAUCAAGCCGCAUGAAAAUAGAUCAAAGAAGAAUUAGAGUCGACUAUGAUGAUUCCGAUAAUGACUCAGCUGUGUGUAGCUCACAAAGUAGUAUAUCACGAGGUUUCAGCCCACCAGCCUCUCCAGUAUCGUCUGAACGAUCACAUUUAUUCUCAAACAAGUCCUAUUCAACGUCAUUAAUGAUAGAAUUACCACCAAAAAAUUAUUUGAUCAAUGAACAACUUCAAUUUAAUAGAAAACCAAUUUAUUCAUCAGACAUAUCAAGUCUAGAAUCUGAUAAACUUUUUAAUGAUAGUAACAGUAAUAAUAAUUCAAGAUCUCGUUCUCCGUCUUCUGAAUACAAUUUGCAAUAUUCUACAAUGCCUCAAAGACGAACACUGAGGCGAUCAAGUAGUACGGAGACCAAUUACAGUUCUUCGUCAACUCUCACUUCUGGUUCUCCAACGAGCGUUGAAUCUUUUUCACAACGAGUUCUCAAACCCCAAAGUGUUGAAGCAAUCAAUCGGAAAAAUAUUUUAGCCAGUGCAAGGUGCCGAAGUGGGCAAAAUCUUAAUAGAUCUUUAUCAAUGCAGAGAAAAUUGAAAAUUACAAAGGAUUCAUUUGUCUCUAAUUCUAUUGAAGAAAACCACAAAUGUACAUCGUUUAAAAAUACAGCUAAUAUUAAUAAUGAUGGUUCGAGUGAUAAAGAUAUCAAAAUUGCAUAUAUUGAAAUGAUUGAUCAUUUUAAGAGUAGACCAGAAGUUGAACAACAGUGCGGCAAUUUAAAAAUUUCAUCAACAAAAUCUUCUUCUGUAUCAUUGACUGAAAUAGCUUUAAGAGCUGAUCUCCAAAAUUUUAACGAUUCAGAAAUGCUAGUUCAAUCAGAAGCAAAAACUACAUUGGUAAAAAAUUCUAGUUCUCAAACUGAAAAAAAUUUAAGUUUCACUAAUCCACUCAAAUCUAAUCAAAAUGGUACAUGUCAACCACAAUUGCAUGAUACAAUUUCUACUAAAGAAUUACCUAAAUACAAUGAAAUGAAGUCAGAAAAUAUUCAUAACAAUGAUACCUUAACGGCAUUAAUGACGCGGAGUCGAUCCAGAGCCGCAAUCGAUUUGGAAGAUAGUACAGUUAUGAGAUCUAAAAGUCAGAUGGACUUUGAAGAUAUUUUAUUGGGUAAAACGGAAUCGACUAUUAGUAAACCUAGCGGUCAUCAUCGAAAUUCUUUUUCACAUAAAAAAUUACCUCAGUCCACUCAUACUGUAAACCCGUUAAUAAAAUCCAGCCUAUCAAAUGAACCUGUGAUUAAAAAUAAGAUUUUUCUAUCGAAUACUCCACCAUAUAGAAGGUCGAUAAGUAAUGGUAUUAUUCAAGAAACUGUUAAGAGAGUAAGUGGAUUGAAACAUUUAAAAAUUCCCCUUCAAAAAACUAUUGAAUAUCGAAGUGUUAGCGUCACAGAUAUAAAAAAAGUAUUUGAAAAAACAGAUAACUCAAAAGAUAAUACAAGUUUAAGUGCAUCGAAUUCCACUAAAUUAUCAACUUUCAAAAGCAAAAUCAAAGAAACCAACAACUUAUAAAUAAUAAAAGUGAAAUUAAAAUAUUUCGUUAUGACAAAUUUGGAACUACUAGUUCUUUAGCUAAUACUACAAGUUCCGUAUCACAACAAGAACUGGCUCAAUUAGUUGAAGAAGCCAGUUUAAAUGACAAUAGAGAAGAUAUGGCUGCUGUUUUUCUUCAUAAAGAUAAUACGAAAAAUAAUGAUUAAUGGUAUUGAUUGUGAGGACGGAGACAUCACUGUACAUCGAAGACUAGCACAUUCAAUUACAGACAAAAAUGGGCAAAUUUAACGUGGUGAUAGAAUUUUUAGUAUCGAUGGCAAAAGUCCAUGUUGUGAGAGUAUGGCCUUGUUCCCUCGUACUAGAGAAUUUGGUCAAUCCUCCCUCAGUAAUUCGGGUAUUUGAGCACUGAAUUCAGGAAUACCUACCCAUGUAAUAAUCUUGUUCAAGGCUUGAGCAAGUCUGAUCUCAAGUUCGAUAAACGUUAGUGUUUUUUCCUACCUAUGUGUCUUGCUGCAGGUACUUGUGGUCAGAUUUUAAUAGCAAGUUUAGUGCAAGUCUUACACAAGAAAUUGGAGCCAGAUUAUAACUCAAUUCUAGAGAAAGACUCUAGUUGAAAAUAGUUGCGCAUGGCUUGCUCAAGAUCUGCUCAAGUCUCAAAAUUUACCUUGAGCCAUGAGCAGAUCUUGAGUAAGCCACGCGUAAGUACCUAUGAUAAGUUACUGGUGCAAGAAAUGCACAAUAAAAUUUUCAACUGCACCAUACCUAAGAUAUCUUCAAUAUUAUUGUGUAAAACGCCUUGAAAAAGUCAUGUUCAAAACGUGAUGACGAUUUCUCGCUACACACGAUCUUGCACAAGACCCAUACGUAGAAAAAGACACUGGUGAAUAAGGGUUUUGCUCAAGGCACUGGCACCAGAAUCUUACUCAACCAUGUCUUAUAGUAUAGCUGAUACUAUAGUAUAACCGAGUACGUGGCUUGAUUGUAGGAUAGGGGAAAAUUGUGAAAUAAAUUUUAUUUAACAUUAA